GAACUGACGUUUGACGGUAAUUUUAUAGGUUAUGAAAAUGCUUGUUAUUGGCAUUUUAUUAUUUUAUUUCUAACAAAGUGGAAUUUAAUGAUAAUUAUUAAAUAUAAUAUAAAAUCGUAAUAAAUUGUAUUCUCCGGUAAAUAAGUUAUAGUUUUGUGUAAUAAUGGACUCUACGAAAAAAGAACCCGAUGCCGAUUAUGGAGGGAAAGCUGCUUUGGUGGACACAAACAAAUCAUCCAUGCAAAUUUUAUCAGAACUUUUCAGUACGUUUGACGCAGAACCCCCGGUUAUUGUGAAAAAAGAAAAGAGGGACAAGACGUCGGACACUACAAAAAAAUCAAAAAAAAGUAAGAAAAAACAUAAGAAGCAUAAAAAAAAGAGUAAGAAGAAAAAAAGGUCUUCAAGUUCUUCCAGUUCCUCAUCUGGCAAUUCUGAAGUUGAUCUAGCAAAGCUUCUUAUUAAACAAGAAAAGGAUAAAGCUGAUGAAAAAAUUAAAAUUGAAGGAACAUCCUUAUCAUUAGACAUUAAAUUGGAAAUUAGUAAAGAAGAACAAAAAAUUAAGUUUAAUAAACGAAGUGACGCCUCCCAGAAAAUUCAUAUAAAGGACCUCCAUCUAUCCUCAAUUAAAAAAGAUAAAAAUAAAGGAGUAUCCAACUAUGAAGAAGGUGAAAUUUUAGACUCUGAAGGUACACGAAAAAGAAAAAAACACAAACAUGAUAAAGAUAGAUCAUCAAAACGAAAUAAGACUAAGGAAAGAAGUACCAGUUUUGAAAGAAACUUGAAUGAGUAUGAGGAACUAAAAAGUAAAUUAAAGAAACACAGAAGCCCUGAGCUAGAAAGGGAUCAUCGAAAAAGCAACAGGUCUAGUAGAGACAGAGACAGUCUCAAAGUAGUUUUUAGAAGAAGUAGGGAAAGAUCCAGGGAUAGAUUUUAUCAAGAUAGACAUAGAACAGAUUAUAGAUCUGAUUACAAAAGCAGACAUAGAGAUCAUUCCCCUUAUAAAGAUGAUGGCUUUUAUAGAAGAGGAAGGUCUAGAUCAAGAGAUAGAUCCAGGUCAAGGGAAAGAGCUAGAUCUAGGGAUAAAAGUUUUUGGAAUCCAAGGGAAGAGCGAUACAGAAGUAGAGACCAAGUAAGUGAUCAAAGAAGAAAAGAAAGAGAGAGAGAAGAUUCAUCACGUAUUGACAAAAAAAAAUUGCUAGAAAUUGCCAGAAGAAAUGCUAUUCAGAUGAUGAAAUCGGGCAGUUUGCCUGGAGCACUAAGUCUGGGCACUAUAGCUCAAGAAAAGAUGAUAGCUGCAAUUAAAUCAGGUGGAAAAUCAAUUGAUGAACUCACUGAUUUUUGCAAAUCACUUUCAAAAAAAGAGGAACUGGGAGAAUUGUCUAGUUUAUCUGAAAAGGAAGACAGUGAUGCAGAUGAACCAUUCCACCAUCCAUUUAAAAUUAAAGACAGGCCAACAACAAUCACCAUGAAUAUAAAGAAUGCUGUGCCUUUGCCUACAAAAACCACACAGGAGAGAACAACAGAGUUAAGAAUGCAAUUUCCGGUUAGCAGUGGGCAGCAACAUAGAGUUAAUGAGGAAUGGGUUCCUGUGGCACCACAGACUUCUCAGACAAAGCCUGUGGUUGAAGUUGUUAAACCAAAACACCAUGAAAUUCUGAAAGGACCUUUGGCUAUUGAAGCUCCUCCAAAAGUACCUCCACCUCUUCCUCCACCUGAUCCUUUACCUCCCUUAAUACCAGCUCCACCUAAUGCCCCACCUGGACCACAAAUAUUUCCUGCGAUAGAAUCAGGUCCACAACUUUUGACGGCAGACAUUGGUUCAAUUGUUUCGCAGAGGCUUACAGCUUUGAGAAAACUUCAAGAAAAUCCUCAUGAUGUAAAAGCAUUAGGUGACAUGUAUAAGUCGAAUAAGGAAAUGGAAACUUGGGCUAAAAGCAAACAACAAUUUAGCCAACUCUCUGGACAGUUUACUGGUUCUACAGGUGCUCAGGUUUUAACCCAAGCAGAGCUAGCCUCAGGCUAUCAAGCAUGGGCAAAAAAAAAUCAAUUACAAAUUGCCGCUCCCGUAUCUGGUGGAAUGGGCAUGCAUUUAUUGCAAAAAAUGGGAUGGAAACCUGGUGAAGGCCUUGGAAAAGAAAAAACAGGUGCUCUUGAGCCUUUGCUGCUUGAAGUUAAACUCGACAAAAAGGGUUUGGUGGCUACAGAAGAGCAACAAAAGGGUAAAAAGAAAUGCCAGAAUGCACCAGUUCCUGCAAAGACUUUGCAAGGCAAACAUCCAGUCUCUCUGCUUGGAGAGUAUGCUUCCAAAAAGAAGUUAGGAGCUCCACAGUACAUUUUAGAAUUUGAAUGUGGUCCUGACCAUAAGAAAAAUUUCUUAUUUAAGGUCCAACUGAACGGAGUUGAAUAUAAGCCAAAUGUUGCUAGUGCAAACAAAAAAGAAGCCAAAGCAAAUGCUGCAGUCCUGGCAUUGAAACAAAUUGGACUACUACAGUAGAUGUGAUAAUCUUAUUCAUUUGAGAAUAUAAUCGUGAUAUUAGUGUAAAAUUGAAAUUGUUUUUUGUAUAUAUAAUAAACUUUGUAUAUAUUAUGUAAGAGAUAUAUAAUUUUUUAGAAAAUAAUUUUAAAGUAUGUAUGAAAUAUUAAGCAGAUUGUAUUAAGGUACUUGGAAAUGGUGAGAGGUUAUGUGUCAACUUUGAAAUGUAAUGAACACGACUUUUGGCUCCUCCAAGAGAAAAAACUCCUGAGCCAGUACCACAACGCAAAUCAGAUAUACACCCAAGAUUGAGAAGAAGACUGAUCAUGUCACCUGAUAAAAACCAGUCACAAGAACUGGGAUUUUUUAUUGCGAAGAAAUUGAAGAGCUUAGAAAAGGUUAUGAAGGUUAGUUAGGUAUAUAUUAGUAUAUACUACUAUUUCCUAUGUAGUUUUGCUUAUAAACAUUUUAUGUUAUACCAGAUAUGUUUUCUGAGUAUACUAUACGUUUUAUUGGGAUAGUUCUUAACAUAAUUUGUUGCUUGAUGAGUUCUGGACAUUAAAUUAAUAACAUCAUGUUAUAUUUGCUUCUGGAAAUUAUAUAAUUUACUACUCUUUUUAAUAUCAUGCAUGUGUAAAGAUAAGUGUUUCUUUUAAACAUGGCAAUAUUUCCACUAGUAUUUUAGGUAUAAUAUUAAACUUUUAGAAACAGAUUGGUGGCUAGUGUAGCUAAAAUGCUUCUUGUAGUAUUUUUUAUUUUAAUAAUUUAAAUAUUUUUCCAACAAUAGACUGUAAGGAAGGAAACAUCUGUCUAGGUUAUAGUGACCCUUACUUUUUAUUUAACUUUUCUUAUGGAUAUAAAGCUCACUCUAGUAGUUUCUUACAAGAUCUACAAAUCUUUCAAUGAUAUUAGAGUUAUAGUAACAACUUAUACCAAUAGUCCUCAAUGAUAACCACACAACUCAAAAUAUAUCAUUUUUCAGAAGAGCAAUUUGAAAAUAUCAUUGUUUAAGAGUUGUUUUUUGUUGGAAGUUAAAAUAACUUUUUAACAUUUGUUUUAAUAUUGGUUUAGACUGUUUAGAGAAAUAUAAUAAACUCUCAAAUGAUUUUUAUUUUUUGUGUUUUGGCUUUUUUUAACUACAAAAUUGUUCUGCAGAAUGAGUUUAACAGAAUGUAAUUAUAGGAAUAUUUCAGUGCUGUUCUGUUGCUAUUAAAAAUUCCGUUCUAGGGUUUGUACAUAACUAACAGCCUCUUCUGUGGUUAUCUGGGUUAUCUCUAUAGUAAUGUGUUUGUGGAUGUCGGUAGUCUUUUCAAUAGUCUGCAUUAUUUUAAUUAAAAUUUGUUUUAAAAUCAAAAUGGCGCCCUGGUCUAUUGGCCUGUUAUCGAUGUUAUAUUAGGCCGGAAAAAAGCAAGCUUUAUAGAAUACAGUCUAAUUUUCUGACAAGCCGAGCAAUUAUCCAUUGGCAAUAAAAUGUUCGAUUGGCUUUAGUUAAAUCUUUGUCCCACUUUUUUAAAUAAUCUUAAAAAAUCGAUGAUGCAAUAACAAACAAAAAUCUGCAUCUGAAACAACAGAUAAUGCAUUCAUUGAACUACAUGAUUGAAUAACAAAACAAAGGUAAAAAGUUGUGCAUAAUCAUCUAACUAAAAAUUAUGCACAUAUUUAUAACAUUUAAACUGACCUAUAAGUUAUUUUGUUUUUUCAGUUCCAGAAGCAUUAGCCCAAACCAUUGCUGUGAUAUGUUCUUUGGAAAUCUUUUCUCCACUACAUAUCGCUCCGUAGAUAGUUGAUUCAUUUUUCAGUGGGAGGGUUUAAAAAUUCAAGAGUAAACACAUAAAAGGAAAAAUUCUAGCCCUUAUUCAAGUUGUGACACUUUUUCAUAAAAACUAAGUAUUACUUUACUUUUGAAUGUCGGUUUUAAUUUAUGUACUAUUAUACAAAAACUGCAUGUUAAAAUAAAAACAAAUGAAAACUACAUUAACAAAGUCAGUUUAUCAAUUUAAACAGUUACUUAACCUAUAUUAUUUUAAUAACUUUUAUGCUUAUAAAUUCUUAUAAAAUUCAGUGUGGCAAAUAGGAAUGUGUUUUUUUUUCAGAAGUGCUAAUAAACCCUUUUUCUUUUUAUCAGUAAUUUUGAUUCUACUCUUGUACAAUUUCUCUAAACCAAAGUUGCAAUAGUUUAUGGAUAGUCUAGGUCUUUUUAUUUGUAGCUCACUGAAGUUAUCUUCCGCAUAGGAGGUCUUAUAAAGGAUUGUAAAUGGAGCUUCCCUCCUAAUUUUAAUUACUUUCAUGCAGCCCAGCUUAUCAUUGCUUUUUCUGGAACUUUCUAUAUUUCCAACUUUUUCAUUUAGUCGCUUUAAGUUAAAAAAUUCGUAUAGGACAUUUCUCUUACCAGAAAAGGGUUUCCAGUUUUUUUUGCGCUCUUGAUGACAUCAACAUAUUCAGCUAGUAGGAAAAUAGGGCCUGAUUUUAAAGACCGUUUAAUUUGGCGUUCAAUGAGGGAAUGUGGAUUAUCGCCCUCGUGCUGUGUGUGUCCUACAAUCAGAAACUUAUGCGUUAUUGAAUUUACAUUUGGGUAUUUUAACAAAGUAUAAAUAUACAUGCUUAAAAUAUAACGAUUUUUUUGUUGUCCCACGCAGUUGUCAGAAUACAAUACGAAAUCAAUUUUUUCUUCAGGAUUUAAUUUUGCUCUUUCUUCAAUGUAAUUCAGAAGACAAGAACCAAUUUCAUUGGCUCCUCUUUGUCCCUGGGUUUCGUCCCAUACAUAGCAGUAGCACUGGUCACCUUGUUGAUUUUGAUUUAUUUCGUACACCGUAUAAUUAAAGACUAAGUAACUUAAGUUUUGAUAGAUAAUAAAAAGAGGACGUAUCUCCCUUGGGGCAUGGUAUUACUGCCUGUAAAUCAAAACACACUACCACAUGAGUUUUACUAAUUUUUUGUUAUCAGACUGUUUCUCCAAACGAGAGAGCUCUUUUUCAGAAAUAUGCAUUUCAUACUCAUCUCUCUCAAGAUUUUGUUUUUCUUCUUGUCCUGAAUUGUUAUAAGUGGCACAAACUCCACACUGAUCUUUUUUAGGUGUGAAGAAUGAGAUAUUAAAUUCACGAGUGAACACUUGGUGGUAUAUUAAAUACUUUGCAUAGGGUACAUUUUUUUCUGUGCAGUCUUUAACAUAGUCCCCGUGUAGAUCUCGACUUUCCACCUUCAAUAUAUAUUUACGGGAAGAACGUGCUCUCGUAUAAUGGCUUUCAAUUCUUGGAACGGAGUUAAUAUGCCUUCGAACUCCUUCUUUGAUACUAGCAUCCAGUUUCUGAUAUUUGCCGUGUUUUCCUCGGAGAUCAGUUGAAAUCAUUCCACCAACUUCAUCUCGCUUACUUAUUACUGUUCUUAUGGGUCGGUCCGUUAUGUCCAAGGUGGAUCUAAAAAAAGUUGCACACGCGAAUAUGAUUCCCGUCGAUAUUGAAAUGAAACGCAGUAUUAUCACGACGUUUGGAUUUAUGCCUAUGGUAUUGAUAAUUUGGUUUGAUAGGGGUCAUACAUGAGGAGCAGACUUGCAAAUUGCAUUUUGUCCAUUUUUACCAAUUUUCAGAAAACGCAAAAAACUACUAUACAAAAACUAAAUGAAAGAAAAAAAAAUUAUGUCAUCAUAUAAUGGCAUUGAGUGUAUGGACCUCGAUUACGAGUUUCUGUACAAGAAAGUGAAAGAACAACUUGAAAAAAUACAAAAAAUUGGUGGACAAAAUGCAUUUUAAUAAUCUAUAGUGGACAAAAUGCAAUUUGAAUGUCAUUAUAAUUUUACAAAAUGAAUAAACUGUCUUAAAUGAAAAAGUAUUCUAUCCAAACAUAAACAUGAAACAAAACAAAAUUAUUAGACAUGUCAACAAAACAAAAAAACAAUAUCUCUUGUUUUUUUUUUUAAAUUUUAAAUAAAGUUAUUUUCAUCAGUUUCAGCGCAUUCGCAAGCUUCUUCACCAUCUUCGUACUCUUGAUCUUCAUUAUGGCUUACAGCAAGAUUUUUAAAUAUUUCAGCCAUCCAUCUUAACUCGGGGUCUGUGUCGUACCAUUUGUCACCAGAUAACAAAACAAUUAAUUUUUUUAAACUAUCAAGUUUUUUCUGUUUUAUUUCAUGUCCAAGCCGUACUUCAGAAAGAACGAUUUGAUCCAAGCGCUUUUUAGCAAAGUUUGGAAUUUUUUUGCUGGAUCAUCCGUCCGAUAUAAAGAUUCAGAUUUUACCACCACUUUUGAGACCGUACCUCUUUUAAUGAUUAUUCUCUUACUUAAGCUAAUUCCUAUUACUUUCUUUAAAGAGACUGAAGCUUUUUUGAUAUUAACCAAUGACCAAUUCGUUCCAAGUUGUCUAAUUUCUCCUACUUGUUUGUAAAGUUCACAAUAUUUUUCAGGUGUUUUUAUAACCGCGUGUCGCUUUAGAAUCUUUUCCACCCUCCCAAAAAUUCUGUCUGCUGGAAGGUAAGAGUGUCCUCGGACUGGGAAGAUAACCUCUAUCUUCUUAAUUGUUUCUGGAGCAAAGCUGUGCAGCCAUAACAUAAGCAUGUGGAUGAUAAAGCUGUUUUUAUUUUGCUCCCCGCAUCCAUCAGAAGAGCCGAAAAGUGUCUACGUUAGGGGCAAAAUUAGUUCUAUUUAAAAAAUCAAGUACUGCUGAUAAAAUUUCUGUGGCCCCUCUACCAGCUUGGUGUUCCAUCCCUGAAUAAAAAACUGGGUUUUUACAAUUAGUGGCUGUAAUGCAAAAAAAGUAAAUUGAAAGUUGCUGUGCAUAAAAAGCAUCUUGUAUGGGAACUUUUGGAAGAACCUGCACUUGCUGCAAAUCAAAACAAAAAGACACUGAGCUAGGUAGUUCUUCCUUCAUUAUUUUAUGGAACUGAGAUGCUCUAACCUUAUGAACUUUUAGUUUGGUCUGCAGUUCGCUUUUGUCAAUAAUAUUUCUGGCAUUACAGAUUUGUGUUGCAGUUCGAACACAAAAAUUACAUACAUCCGUAGCCGGGCUACCAAAGCCUAUAUUAAAGUAAUUAUUGAAAACUACUAAAGUAUUUAUAAUUUACUUUUUUAUCAGCCGACACAUUUUGAUUAUAGAUUUUCCAAAGUUUGGCAAUACUGUAUUCGGCAGAUACGUAUCUCCUCCUCUUUUUUCAGUAAGGGUUGAACCAAUUUUUUUUUUUAAUUUUUUUAGAAAUUGUGUUUAUUCGCCUUUGGGAAACGCUGAACAGAGCCCGAAAGAGUUUCUGGCAAAUUUGUUUCUUAGUACCUUUAAGAAACACCUAAAAGGAAUUUGAACUUAGUUAUAUUUUAAAAUACAUCUUAGAUGACCAAACUUACGAAAUAAUUAACAGAAAAAUUAUGCGGCUUUCCAUUUUCUUUUCGAUUUCGUUUUCUUUGUGGCUCCUUAAUAUCCAUGUAGCUAGCAAGUAAGUUAUCCUGCUUAAUUUUGUCAGGGUGCUCAAAAAACGUUUGGCGAAUCUCUAGCAGAGCUUGUUUUGAUAAUUCUUGGCAAUCAAAAUUAGCAUUUUUAUGAUCACAAACUACGUCAAAAUUGUCGAGAUUGAUAUCCAAAUUUGAAUACCUUAGAGAUUAAAUAAAAAAUAUUAACUUAAUUUAUAAAACCUAACCUUAUAAAUUAACUUAUUUGCUUUUUUCUCUCACGGCUUAUUAUAUUUCUUUUUCUUUUCCUACUGCCCCUAUCAACACUAUCACCAACAAUAUGCUCCCCUUCUAACCCUUCCAUUUUUUUCGAAAACGAUACUUUUAUUCUAGUUUUAUAAAAAGCUAAAGUGACUGGACUUAAAUCAGUUUGUUUGUCUGGGCGAAAUUUACCACCAAAUAACACGGGGACUUAAUGCAGUUUGACUGUCUAAAUGUUCAUAAAAAGUUGGUAUUUCAUCAUAGGAAUGCAACGCCAUCUCUAUCUCAAAUAUGGAAAAUUUGGACAAAAUGCAUUUUGCAAGUCUGCUCACCUCACAUGAUGAUAAAUAGUCUCGUUGUCUUUGUGAAAUUCCGAGGGCCCAAUAAUUUUGAAAAAUUUGUUUUCGAACUUCAGCAGCGAUCCUUGUAUUGCAUUUUAAUUUGCAGGUAUUUCCACACGGAGGUUUCAUUUCUCGGGCGGUUACAAUUUUUUUGGACCUUGAAGAUGAAACAUACUGAUUUCCAGAAUUUCUAGCUAUUUUCGCAGCAUUUUUCUUCCACGUCGACUUAUCGCGUUUACGCUUUUCAGUUCGUGUUGCGGUUUCACCGUCCUCUUGCUUCGCGGUCUCUAUUUCUAUGUUUUCACCUGCUUCAGUUUCGGACUGUUUAGAACUUUCGCUGCCAGAAUCUAUAUAAUCGGGAUCUUUAUCGCUGUCGUCGGAAUUAUGGAAUGGAUCUUCAUAUUCUUCAUUAUCAAAAUUUUGUAAAAUAGCCUCAGGUACAUUAUUCAAAUCCAUACUAUUAUUGUCACGUGAAUGAAUUGAUGAAUUAAAUUUGUUUUUAAUAGGCUCUGGAAAAUUAGAGAAAUUGAAGACACCAUCUGAAAAAAGAAACAAAAUUAUAAAUAUUAAUAAUAACAAUGUAAAUUAAUUUUUCACAAUUAAAUCAUUUAAUUUACUUACUCGUUUUAAUAAAACAAUCUACAUACGAGCCAUCGAGAGGCUUUGCUAAAAGAGUUAUGUCAUUAUUGACAUUGACAGAAUCGGGUUUUAUAAUACGAGUAUUAUUGGUGCGAUGAAUUUGCAUAUUAUCAUCACAAUAUUGUGUGGUACUGCUCGUUUCAUUAAUUUUGUUUACGAUUUGUACUAUAGGUAAGAUGUCAUCUAAAACAAGAAAAUAAAACGUAGUAAGAAUGGUAAUUUAAGUAAGUCGAUAAUUAUUUAGUUAUUGUAGAAAACUGUUACAAAAAUGUCUUACUAUUAAAUAAAUUGAUUUACUUACUCGUUUUAACAGAACAAUCUACAAACGUGCCAUCGAGAGGCUUUGCAAAAACAUUACUGUCAUUAUCGAGUAUCUUUAUAGUAUUUGGAACACCAUCAGCAUUGGGUACUGUACUAUGAGUAUCAUUGGUGGGAUCAGUUUGUAUAUUAUCCUAACAGUAUUGUGUGGUACUGCUAGUUCCAUUAAUUUCGUUUCCCAUAACCUCCCAGCAUGCCGAGGAAUUAUUGUCAUACCCAUUUCGUUUUUGGGAUAAUUUUAUUAACAGUCUUGUUCUUUGACAUAACAUUAACUUACUUUCUAUGUAAACCGACAUAAAACCAAGUGAGACGUUUUUCUAUAAAAUUUUCACAAACCCAACGUUCUCUCACGGGAUCUAAAUCACAACUGUAACUUUUCUAUAAAAGCAAAAGGUUCACUAGUAAAAUAAACAAACGACACUUGCUCCUCCCAGCGGCGACUGGUGAAACUUACAGUAAUGUCGCUUUUCCACAUAAACCUGUGCUGUUUUAGGUUGGUUUUCAGUACUUAUCUGGAAUAUGAUGAAUUUUGACUUUUCUGUCUCACUUUUGUGUAGAAAAGUGUUACUUUUCUACCAACGGAGCGAUAUUUAGCGAUAUUUUCCCUUUUAACUCUUACUGCCGCAAAAAAUCCUGAAAAAAAUCUAUCCCAACUGGAGCAGGACUUUUUUUUUGAAUCGUUAUUUUUUUUUAAGUGUAUUUAAUUAUGUCCUUGGAGAUGACAAAUUAGGUUUUUUUUUGCAAAAAAAAAUCUAUGUUUUGGUAAAAAUGGUGCUCCAUCUUUUGAACCACCACCUUACACCACAUUUAGAAAAAAAAGGAUUUUUUUAUUCAAACAGACAAAGUAUUAUAUUAAGAAUAGUAAUUUUGGAAGCAACUCUAUUGUUUUCCUAAACAUAGAGGCACCUGAUAGGUGUUGCAAAUACAGUCGGUGCGAACUGGCUUUGCUUUGGUGUUGCAUAGGGUACAUCGUUUUGUCGAAGCUUGUUCUGGUUGGUGAGUGGAUAAAUUUAAUCGAAUUUCUUAGACCUGAAGGGCUUUGAUUUUUUUUAUUUGAAUUUGUGCAGUAAGGCACUUGCGGCAAAUAAGGCCCAGCUAAGGAAAAAACUGCUUUAUCGUUAUCAAAAAUUUAAACAAAAACAGGACACUUCAAAUAUUGAAAAUAUGAAGUCUUUUUAACAAAAUAAUACAUUAAUUAUAAAGUUUAUUAUUUUGAUUAGGCUUUUGACAAGCUUUGUAAAAAAAUAUGAAAGUGCGCCUUAUUAUCCGACUGUUCGGUAAAUAAGGCCCCAUUAAAUUAAUGAUGUCGGUUAAGAAGGCCCAUCAAAUAAUAAAAAUAUAAACGUAAAAAAUACAUUUCUAACCAAGAAACAAAUCUGACCACUAAAAUCUAAGAGCAGUUUGGGCAGAUAAAGUCGUCAUCAUCAUCUUGUGAGAAGCCAACACACGCCUCGUGACACCAAGUCCCGCCCGCUAUGCACUGUCUCAUGUCGAUUUUAUCAUGUGUCUGGCAAACAAAACAAAACCAAGAGUCCGUAAUUGAAGGAUUUACUUCAGUCCUUCUUCCAAUACCUUUUGAAGAUGACGGUAUCGGCUCCUUAGAAACAGAUAUUUUGGAUGGCUUCGUGGUGGGUUUGGUAACUUGCUAUGUUAGUUUUUCUUUCGAAAAGUUCAGGGGUUGGUAGUAAUUCUUUAAAAGAUUUUUUUUUAAGAUGGUCAUUAUUAAUGUUUUGAGUAGAGGUAGUGUAAGUAGUAGCUUGUGGGUUUUUGUUUAUUUUGGAAUUUCUCAUCAUCUCCGUAAGCGUAGAUAAAGGCAUGUGAUCUUCAGAGUCAUCUGAGUCAUAGUCACGUGGCAGAUUAUUGAUACUGCUCACAACGGUAACAUUUGGUGGUUCCGUAAUUAUGUUAAUUUCCUGCUGAGGCUGUUCAAUAUUUUAUGGAGGACGCUGAGUUGCUAACGAUGGGGCAAACGCUGAUUCAGGUGUUACACUUGGAUCCAGUGGAAACAUACCAGUGGCUCUAAAUCCAAUGACUAUAUUUUCGGGAGUCAUACAUUUACUCCAGAUUUUGGAGAAAAUAUAACCAAAGCGGCUUUUAUUAAGACGUCGGUCUGAAUGCGUAUCCCAAUAUCGAAGAAGCUCCUGAUUCCAAUGAUACUCGAACGAGCGAUAAACAGUUUUGUCCAACGGUUGGAGCUCGUGGGUGGUAUUCGACGGCAAACAAAACAGUCUAAGUCCCACUUGAUCUGCAGCAUCAACGAUUGAAAUAUCUAGGUGGCUAGAAGCUCCGUCAAAGAUAAGUACAGCCGGUCCGUCGUUCUUGUAGCGAGAUAGAUGUUGUAGAAAUGCAAUAAAAAGUUCUGUGGUCAUUCUACCCUUCUCCGCCAUUUUCACAAGGGAACCCGGUGGCAGACCAUCUUGCCAUUCGGGCUUUAACCUUUUGCCCUUAAAUAUGAUCAUAGGAGGUAUGGAAUUCCCCAAAGUAAUGCAGCAUCCUGCAAUGGUCACGUUCUCAGCAUGAUCAGGUGCCAUGAGAUAGAUGAUCAACCUGCAACCCUUCAUCCAUAUUAAAGAGGUCCAUAUUGCACGUUUUGUUCUUUCUCCUGGCAUUUUAGGUAUCCUUUUGGAGAGAAAUAAAAGAUAGAAACCUUGUCGUUUAAUAAGGCCCACUAGUACUAUCAUUACUUCUUUCAGAUGAAACUAAGACUGCAGCUAUAAGACUAAUAUAGGCUAAUAUAGAGAGAAAAUUAUAGCUCUUCUAAAAUUUUUGGGAGUUUCCGUGCUAGGUGGAUCUAUGAGAUUAUCCGAGUACAUACAGUAUGCAUUCACUACAGAAGCAUCCAGGAAGCAAAAAAAAAUCCGGUGCAUCAUUUAUUGCUUUGACGAUCAAUUUGGAAGAACUGAUCCAUUUUUUUCUCAUUUAACCUCAGUGAAAUCUUUGGGUAUAUGGUAAUUUGAUAAGAGCUGCACGGAUCUCUUGUCUUUUUAUUUUAGAGCAAAUAAUUUGGUGUCGCUAAUGUACCGCUCAAAUUUACCUCGCUUUCUUUGUUACCUUUAAAAGUAGGCAAAACCUUUUUCGAUAUUUUGAUAGUUCCAACGGCAUAGAUACCUCUUAAUUUUAAGGACUUCAUAAGCAAUUCACUGGUAAUAAAGUUAUCAAAAUAUGUUUUGUGAUUUCUACAUUACCUUUACAAAGCUUUUUGUUAAUUUAUUGAUCACUCUUAACCCCAAGCUCUGCUGACCAGUUUCUUCAGUAGACUCACCAGCAUAUAUGUCGAAUUUCAAGCAAUACCCAGAUUUGUCACAAAUCAUCUUUUUACAGGUUUUUUUUGGCAUAUAUUGGUUUAGAAAGCUUCUGCCCUUAAAUUAGAUCAUAGACUUAUCUAUGUAAUACUUCUCUAGGCAACAGAGCAGAGCUAAAUGAUUUUUCAAGGUGAUGCAAUAAAGGUCUCACUUUAUAAAGAGAAUCAAAAUCAGGAGCACCACGUUUGGGCAUUAGGGAAUUAUUAUUAAUCCUUAAAAAAAGCAUAACUUUUGUUUUGGGUAAAUAACAUUUUUUUGGCUUAAAACAUGGUUAGAAAACUGGGAAAAAUAAUUAAAAUUUUCUUUUAAAAUUUGUCUUUUUUCCAAAUUUUUUAUUAUUGGAAUUUUGCAAUAUUGUGAAGUUACAGGCAAAUUAAAUUAUUUUCAUGAAAUCUUUUAAAACAUUUUUUUAAGCAUAAUACCACUUCACAUUUUUUGGCAUAUACCUAGCAUAAUACCUCGCCAAUGUCAGGUUCACCAUUCUUGUUUGAUGAUUUUCACUCCCAGAAUAAAUUUCAAAUUGGUAGGCAAAUCUACACCAAAAAGGCAAAUACACCCUCCAAGACAAAAAGUUUAAAACCCCAAUUGUGAGGUUUCAUGGGCACUUUAGUUGAACACAUUUGUUUAUCGACAGAUAGAGCUGGUUCCAGAUGCUUACAAUUUUUCAUUUAGGUGCUAAAUAAGUGGUCGCAGCUUGUGAAGUUUAUCAUGGUUAUGAUCGUCUUUAGGGAAAUGCUUUUUAUUGUCGUUAAAAUGAAUGUAACGUCUUAUUUUCUCAAAUUACAUACAUCCACUACAUACGUAUUCCAGUAUGAUCGUACAUUUGGCAAGUUUACUAUGAAGGUACAAAAACAAAUUCCAAUAAAUUUCCUUAUGUUAGUGGCAGGUAAGCUAACUUGGUUGUUCGGGUUUUUUUGAACGCAACACAAAUUGGUUUCGUUGACGAUUUUAUCGAUUAAUCAAUUCGUUUAAAAAAUAUCGUUAUAAAUACAUCGUUUAUAAACUGUAUGUAGUCUCCAACGCCAUUACUUCUGCAGAAAGGACUUCGUCGCCAUGAAAUGGUAAUUGAAGAUCGUUCAAGUAAAGAUUAUGCUGCUUCCAAGUUAUGUUUCUUUUAACGGAUUUUUUUGUAUGUUUUUUGAAAUCAUUCUUUACUUUAUUAGAUGGCCCGACCUGACACUCAUUUUCCAUCGCCUUCAUUUGCACUUCAUCACCUAAUUGCUCCUCAAAUACCCUAAGAUCUACUUGAUCCUCAUCGUCCUCAUCUGAAUCACUCAAAAUAUAAUUUAGGUCUGCUUCUGUUAGUAUCCGAAAAAUCCAUUCCAUCUUAACUAUCUGACCAGUUUUCCCAUAUGGAUUGCAACUCCUUAUCACUAAGAGGUCGAUUUUGGCUCAUUUCAUAUGUCAAACUGUGAAAAGACUUCAGAGUUUGUCUUGAGAAUUUUUCUAUAUUUACUACAUCGGAUAAUGUUGCUUAUACGCAACAAAAAUAAAAAAAGAAACUAAGCGCUAAAUGCAAUGUCCACAAAAUUAUUUUUUUUGCAUCUGCACAAAAAAACAACAAUUUUUCACUGAAUACAAAUAAAAUACAUACCUUUAUUAUAACAAUAUCACUUUUUUUACGAAAGUAUAAACAAAUAUGCGGGUUUCCCAGCAAGAGCAAAAUAUAUUACAACGACAACACUGACGAUAGACAACUAAGAAUAUUAAUUCUAAAUAUAAGUAUGGAGCCUCAUCUAUGAGUAACUCUUUGUAUUACACUCUUUAAGAUACUGUUGUAAAUAUGCAACGAUAUGCACUCGCGAAAUAAAAUAUUUCGUUAGCAGUUUAGAAUAGGUGAAAUAGGCAUGUGUUCUAUUUUUGCAACAUAAUGCAUUUAAGAGUUAAGAUGUAGAUGUGAUAAGUGCCAACCAAACCGCUUGAUGGACAUAACUGAGCUAAUACAAUUGUCGUGUAAAUCUGGUGCACUGCACAAAUAAUCUUUAUAGCUUGGCAAACGUUAAAUUCCCAUAAGUAAAUUGAUUCCCAAAAAAGUAAAUCACACGAGUCAAAACAAAACCCUCAUAACCUGUAAAUCUAGCAUGUGUAUACCAAAAACUGUUUGAAAUGUUAAAUUUGGCUAUCCAGAAUCUACAGAGCAAGUACUUAUGAUGCAACACACUUAUAACGUGGUUCAAAAUUUGUAAAGAAAAUACUUUGAAAAGGUGAGAACGACAUAAUUCCGCAUUCUGGUUUGCAAUCCUCAUUACGCAUUAAUUAGGUCGAUGUAGAUAAUUAAUAUAUUGCACUACUAAUCUGAAAAAUAUAACAUUUUGAGUUGUGUCAUUAUCGUUGAGGACCAUCGUUAUAGUAAAACUAGUAUAGAACUAUAGACUGAGAUUCAAUUUUAAAAAAAAUCAUACCUAUUUUCUAUAGUGAUUAUGUAUUUAUGAAUAUAUUAUUUAUAAACUUUUUAUUGUAAAAUCACUUUCUAGUGUAAAUCUUAUGAGAAUGCAGGUAUUGGUAUGAGUAAUAAUUUUCAUAGAAUGUCAAUGGGUUAAAAGUAAACCUAUAAGAGAUUCAUAGUUUGUUUAAACUAAAUAGUUGCCAAGCAUCUUAAAUUAGAUAUUGUUAAAUUUGUAUGUUUCAAAGUUUGUUAAUAUAAUAUUUACUUGAUUGCUAUAUUUUUUUAACCUUUUAGAUUUAUCAUUUAAAUAUAAUGAUUCGAAAGCCUAGCUGCAAUGUAUGUACUCUAAGAUUUCACUGAUAAUUUUCCAACUUGCUAAGAUAAACUAAUGUGAUGAGGUGUACUAUGGUUUAACACUAAGUGUAAAACAGGGGUAAACAACAGUGUGUUGGUAACAUUAGUAAUUAGUUGUAAAGUAUAAUUUUCGAAUUUUCAUUUUCGAUAUUUUGAAUUUUGCACGACAUUUCGGUUGGGAUAUAGUUCGAACGUUAUCAAGUAUCAACGGUUUACGCGUUGUGCUAAAUUUAAAAUAAAGAAAAAUGGAACUUCGAAAACAACGACUUUACUACUUUACCAAUGUCUACCACUUUCAAAAAACUAAUAAUUGAUUUCCCAAUAAAUUAUCCUCUCAUUUGUCUUUUCGAAAUUAGGUGAUAUACUUUACUAAAUGAUGUAUCAUGGAGACUGUUAUGAUUGUUUAUAAAUUGCAAUUAAAAUGCAGCUUUUUUAUGUGAAAUGAAUCUAAGUAACAUAGUAAUAUCUUUUGGGCUUUAGGUUGAACUACCAAAUCAAUAAAAAAAUUUGCAAGUAAUUUAAAUAAACUUUUAAGGCUUUUGAUAUUACAAAAGUCAAUGUCAUGUCAUAUUUAUUUUUUUGUUUCCAACCAAUACAACAGUUUUCGUUUCCCGCAAUUACAAAUUUAUAAAUAUCUUUCUGGGUUAAGGUUAACGUCCGAUAAUAUUAUCUUUAAAACUGAGGUCAAAGAUUUUUUAGUAUUAGGCAUUAGGCGUAUUGUAAACAGAACAAAGAACACCUAAUAUGAUCCCAUUAUAGUUCUAAUUGGAUAUGAGUGGUUCUUUUUACAAAUUUCGUGAUGUAUAUACGACACCUAGGCCAUCUGUAUUAAAUACCAUCUUGAUAAUUCGUAUAUAUUUGCAUGUCUUUUUAGCUUAAAAUUUAGUUUAAAUAUUAUGUUAUCUUAUAUGUCCAAUAACUUAAUUGAUUUAGUUAUGUUUUAGUGGAUUUGCCAAACAAUAUGUAAAGUCUUUAUGGAAAUUGUGCAGAGGGGGAAUUUAAUUAGAGGCUUAUACCUUUUCUCAGAAUAUACAUAUCUUAUUUUACAUAAUCUAUUUUCAAGCGAAGUUUUAUUUUAUUAUAUUGGCCAACAACCUACAUUAUUAUAUACCAACUUAGCUUGUUACUGUUGGAUUUUGUAUUUUAAUAAUCAGCAUUAUUAUCAGUUAAUAUAGCUACUUCGCUUUAGCACCGCACAAUAUCUUUUACAAAACCGAUUUCAGUUCAAAAAAUGCUAAAUAUCUUAAAAAAGGAAUAAAAAUUUGUAAAUAAUUAUAUUAUUAAAAAAUAUGAAUAAAUAAAAUAAUAAUGAUUAGUAAAAAACACUUUAGAAUGCAAAAGAGAUAUAAUAUAUAGACUAUCCCAUUUAAAAUAUUACUCCAACAUCCCAACAAAAUACCUGUAUAUACAAAAAUGUGAAUAAAACUUCGUUUGAAGCUAAAAGACUCCGCACCUAUUCUCUAGAUUAUUAGCCUCAAAUAAAAUGCCUACUCUGUACAUAGUCGUAUUACAAUGUAGGUAUUAUGAAAGAGCUUAUUUUGUAUUAUGAUGUAUACUAGAUUUAAAAGUGCGUUUGAGACAAAAGGGGUCUAAUAUGAAAGACCUUAAUACUUUUGGAUUCGGUCGGUACAAUUUUUUGCAUAAUUGUAAUGUUCUCACACCAGUGCCUUAAUAUAAGUAGCUUAAGUAUAAUUGUUAUAAUUGGAGUUUUUUGAAAAUGGAAAAAUAAUAUUAAUAAAUAUUGUCUAUAUAAAA